AUGGAACAAGACGAGCAUCCCCGGAAACGACUCAAAAGAUCUCCCAUAGAUCAACCCCCUGAUGCCACCGAAGCAAUUUCAGAGCUGGGAGCAAAUGGCUUGGCAUCACUGCACAGAUCCAUUACUCCUCCAUCAUCACGGUCUCGCAGGCCACCAUCUAAUCUCCAACCCCGGACGUCUACCGGGAAAGAGGACACUACCCAGUCUGGUGAGCCGGUCGGUAACAGACCGCGGUUGAUUCCAUCUCCCAUCCAGCUCACUCACAUCCGGGACCUCUCUGCUGCCUCAGGCAACAAUGUGGACACCGUGCGGUUGAGAGACAUUCUGGGAGAUCCCAUGAUCCGGGAAUGCUGGCAGUUCAAUUUUCUCUUCGAUGUAGAUUUUCUGAUGAAUCAGUUUGAUGAGGAUGUGAGACGGUUGGUGCAGGUCAAGGUGGUCCAUGGGUCGUGGAAGAAGGAUGCCCCGAAUCGGAUUCGGAUUGAGGAAGCAUGCCCUCGCUACCCAAACGUCGAAGCUAUCGUGGCCUACAUGCCCGAACCGUUUGGCACACACCACUCGAAAAUGAUGAUCCUGCUUCGGCAUGACGAUCUCGCACAGGUGGUCAUCCAUACGGCCAAUAUGAUUCCAGGUGACUGGGCGAAUAUGUGCCAGGCAGUCUGGCGUUCUCCGCUUCUUCCCUUGCAAAAGGUAGAGCACAUCGCCGAAGAACCAGGAACUAUCGGUAGCGGAGCUAGAUUCAAGAGAGACCUUCUUGCGUACUUGAAUGAGUACGGAGCGAAAAAGACGGGGCCUUUGGUGAAGCAGCUUGCGCGCUUUGAUUUCAGUUCAGUUCGUGCUGCGCUGAUUGCGAGCGUCCCAUCGAAGCAGAAGCUUGCCUCUCUGGAUUUACAACGGAAGACAUUAUGGGGAUGGCCAGCGCUGAGGGAGACAACGCGCCAGAUACCUCUGACUCGUGAACAAGGGUCUGAGACCGCGACACCGCACAUUAUUACUCAAAUUUCCUCGAUAGCGACCCUUGGACAGACAGAUAAAUGGCUGAAAGAUGUCUUCUUUAACUCCCUCGCACCCACUUCCAACCCAACACCUCCUACUAAAUCGAAAUACUCGAUCGUCUUUCCCACCCCAGAUGAAAUCCGCCGCUCUCUGAACGGCUACGGAUCCGGUGGCUCAAUCCACAUGAAACUGCAGAGCACCACGCAACAUAAACAACUCCAGUACAUGCGGCCAUAUCUUCGACACUGGGCGGGAGAUAGCAGUACACACAGCAGCGAUGGUCGGGGCGAAACCUCAACCACGAAGACGCAGGAAGCCGGCCGGCGUCGCGCGGCACCGCACAUCAAAACCUACAUUCGUUUUGCCGAUGCGAACAGGAUGAAUGCGAUCGAUUGGGCGAUGGUGACCUCGGCGAACCUCUCUACCCAGGCGUGGGGCGCCGCGGUCAACAGCAACGGAGAAGUGCGAAUCUGUAGCUGGGAGGUUGGCGUGAUGGUCUGGCCGCAACUCUUCGCCGAGAAGGCAGAGCAGCAGCAGCAGCAAGCAAUGAUGGUUCCGUGCUUCCGUCGCGACCUCCCCGUCGACUGCCCCGUACAACCAGCAAAAUGCGAUGUAUUGGUUGGACUGCGGAUGCCCUACGAUCUACCAUUGACAUCUUACCGAGCGGAUGAGGUUCCCUGGUGCGCUACAGCCACGCACAUGGAGCCAGAUUGGCUGGGCCAGACAUGGGAAGGAUGA